GUAAGAAGAACCACACUUCCAGAGCUUUUAUUUUGAAGGAUCCGCUGUUGAUGUUGACAGGGGAGACGUGAGUAAAAGCAGGAGCUGACUCAGCUGCUAGCACCCUGCACCUGUACCCGGGUAGCACUGAGCACUGUGGUAAAGAUGGAGUCUGGAGGUGCCUCUGCUCCUCAGCUCCUCCUGCUGGCCUCCAGCUCUGCACUGACGGCCGUCUUCUACUCUGUCUAUCGGAGGAGAGCCAGCGCGGUGGAGAGGCUGAAGGGGGCUCAGAAGCUGUCCCUGGACCAGGACCUGGUGAGGCUGCUCUCUGAGACUCCGGGUCGCUGUGUCCCGUACGCCGUCAUCGAGGGAGCGGUGCGCUCGGUGAAACAGACUCUGAACAGUCAGUUUGUGGAGCACUGCGGAGGCGUCAUCGAGAGGUUAACGCUGAGGGAGGAGAAGAUGGUGUGGAACCGAACCACACACCUCUGGAACAACACGGAGAAGCUGCUGCACCAGCGCACCAACACCGUGCCGUUCUCCCUCUGCUCCCCUGACGGAGGCGUCUCGGUGCGGGUGCUGCGCCCCCUGGAGGCGGCGGAGCUGCAGCUUGAGACGGUGUACGAGAGUUUCCACCCCGCCGCGCAGACGCUGUCCAACGUCCUCGGACACUUCCUGAGCGGGGAGCGGCCGCGCGGCAUCACGGAGAGUGAGGAGAUGCUGCGGGUCGGAGACAGCGUGACGGGGGUGGGCGAGCUGGUGCUGGAUAACAACCUGCUGCGCCUGCAGCCGCCCAAACAGGGCCUGCAGUACUUCCUGUCCCGCUGCGACUACGCCUCCCUGCUGCAGCGGCGCAGCGCAGGCCUGCGGCGCUGGAGGAUCCUCACCGCCGUUUGCGCAGCCGCUGCCGCUGCCACGCUGCUGCUACUGCUGUGGAGGCGCUGCCGUCUGCACCGUGAGAGGCGGAGGCAGCGCAGCCUGAUGCAGGACUUCCUGCUGCUGCAGAAGGGCAGCAUACAGCAGGUGCAGCUGCAGGAGGCGGCGCCCGACAGCUGCUCCGUGUGCUUCAGCCGCCAGCGCAGCCUCGUCUUCCUGCACUGCGGACACGUCUGUUGCUGCAGCCCCUGCUACGCCCUCCUGCAGCAGCCUCCCCAGUGCCCCAUCUGCAGGGCCCCCAUCCAGAGGGUGGUGCCCCUCUACAACAGCUAAUACCCCCCCAUCCAGAGGGUGGUGCCCCUCUGUAUACAUUUGAUGCUCACGGUGUAAAUCAGAAUCAGCCUUCAUCAGAAACAACCUGCAGAUGGAAGGCUGGAAGAUCUCACCUCAGAGUUAUUCGAAUUACCCUCUGUAUUCUUAUUUCCUGUGUGUAUAUAACUGUGUGUUCACUGGCCCUCUUUGCAGCAGGGACACAUGAGGAUCUGUUGAAGGGCCGCUCUAUCAGGAGGUCCCGCCCUCAGCCUUCACCUUUUCUUAUUAGGAAUAACUUCUGAUGCUAUUGGGGAACGGCACGUGGAUUUAGUUUGGGAACUCUUCAUAGACUUGUAUUUGUAAUAAAAAGGUGGGGGUUGUUUGUUAUAUUGGGGGAGAGCAGCAGGCUGACCCUCUCCUCCGCAGGCCUGCAGCUGAAGGAUUAAUAAAGAGGUUUGAAA